AUGGAGUUACCGGAGUUCAUUACGUUUGGAAAUGUUUUCCUGGCUAUAGUUUUCAUCCUGAUUCUUAACCAAAUGAUUGAACUCUAUCAGUUAAGGAACAUGCCGCCGGGACCUCGUUUGACAUCUUUGCCUUUUAUUGGUAAUAUGUUAAGCUUUGAUUCUGGAGAAAGCUUUGGCGAAGUCACAAGGAGCUUGAGGAAGAAAUAUGGAAAGUUGUACUCAUUGAAAAUCGGAAGUUUUAAGACCAUAUUUGCUGAAGACGCCGCUUCCGUUAAGGAAGUGCUCGUGAAUAAAUCUGCCGAUUAUGCCGGGAGACCUCCAUUUCAUAGCUUUCAGAUGACUACUCUUGGUGGGAAGGAUAUUGCACUCGGAAAUUACGGUCCUGCCUGGAAGUUUCAUCGCAAGCUCUUCAUGACAGCCGUGCGAAGGUACAUCUCGGAUCAGCAGCUGAUUGAGCGCAGAAUGUCUGAGCAAGCAACGAGGUUGCUACGAUACUUUGAAGAUCAAGAAGGAUCUGCUUUUGACCCCUCACAAAUUGUGACGGAGAGCGUUGCAAAUGUGAUUUGUCGAAUAGCAUUUGGAGAGCACUUUGAUUCGUCUCAUACGGAUUUUCAGGAACUGCUGCAAUUAAAUAUAAGUGUCUUCACUGAUGAUGAAAUGAAUAUUCAGGUCUUUGCAUUAGAUCAAUUCCCUGUAGCCAAAUUCUUUCCAUUCAAAGCCUACCGGAAAAUGCAGAAGAUUUUCGAUCGAAUCUUUGAAAUUCUGCGUAGUCAGCUCAGGGAGCAGGAAACAGCAUUCGAUCCAAAAGCAGCGGUUGAGAGCCUCACUGGUAGUCUCUUAAAGGAGAGGAUUGCUGCCGAGAAUGAGGUAGGUGCCGAAGAGAAAGCAUCCCUCUUGUCAGAUGACUACAUAAUUAACGCUUUGGAGGAUAUGUUCAGCGCUGGUUACGAGACCACGAGCACAACCCUUCGUUGGGCCAUUGCAUACCUUGUCCACCAUCCUGAGUGCCAAAGGGAGAUACAACGUCAGCUCGAUGAGGUGGUUGGAAAGGACCGGAUGCCAGGCCUGGAUGAUCGUCCAAAUCUUCCACAGGUACAGGCCACUAUCAUGGAAUCACUGCGCCUCGGGAAUGUCGUCGAAGCUGCACUUCCUCACUACACUUUGAAGGACACCACACUUGCUGGUUACCGUGUUCCAAAGGAUACUGUAGUUGUUGCCAACUUAAUGGCUGUUCACAUGGAUCCAAGCUGUUGGGAGAAUCCAGCUGCAUUCAACCCUCGCCGCCAUAUUGAUGCUGAUGGCCAACUUAUUACCAACUCUGGAAACUUUUUGCCCUUUUCCGCUGGACGCCGAGUCUGUGCUGGCGAGGCACUUGCCAAGGUCGAGUUGUUCAUUUUCCUGUCCUGGAUGUUGCACAAGUUCACAUUUUUACCGCAAGAGGAUGGUGUUCUUCCCGAUAUCAAAGGAGUUAACAGGUUUACCCGGUUUCCAGCACCUUUCCAGAUCAGAGCUGUAAGACGUCAAUGAUAGCUAGUUGUCAGAAAAACCAUCACGAAGUUGUACUAGCUCAGGACUUAUUUCAAAGAGUACGAGCGAUCAGUGUUUUGUUUU